GCAGCCUACCAGGCAGCAAUUACGCUUUGGGGAUAAAACGAGGCGCAGAGAGCAGGCUGGGGCAGUCCUCCCCGAGAUGGCGGGUCUGACAGCGGUAGUCCCGCAGCCUGGCGUCUUGCUGAUCCUCUUGCUCAACCUCCUCCAUCCCGCGCAGCCUGGAGGGGUUCCAGGAGCUGUGCCUGGCGGACUUCCUGGUGGAGUUCCCGGUGGAGUCUAUUAUCCAGGGGCUGCUAUUGGAGGCCUGGGAGGAGGAGGAGCUCUGGGACCUGGAGGAAAACCACCUAAGCCAGGUGCCGGGCUUCUGGGAACGUUUGGAGCAGGUCCUGGAGGACUUGGAGGUGCUGGCCCCGGGGCAGGUCUUGGGGCCUUUCCUGCAGGCACCUUCCCAGGGGCAGGAGCUCUGGUGCCCGGGGGAGCAGUGGGAGCUGCUGCGGCUUAUAAAGCUGCCGCCAAAGCUGGGGCUGGGCUUGGUGGCGUUGGCGGAGUCCCUGGCGGUGUUGGAGUUGGAGUCCCUGGCGGUGUUGGUGGUACUGGUAGCCUCGGUGGUUUAGGAGUCUCGACAGGUGCUGUGGUGCCCCAAGUCGGAGCUGGCAUCGGAGCUGGAGGAAAGCCUGGGAAAGUUCCUGGUGUUGGUCUUCCAGGUGUAUACCCAGGCGGAGUGCUCCCAGGAACAGGAGCUCGGUUCCCUGGCGUGGGGGUGCUCCCUGGCGUUCCCACUGGCACAGGAGUCAAAGCCAAGGCUCCAGGUGGAGGUGGUGCUUUUGCUGGAAUCCCAGGGGUCGGACCCUUUGGGGGUCAGCAGCCUGGUGUCCCGCUGGGUUAUCCCAUCAAAGCCCCAAAGCUGCCAGGUGGCUACGGACUGCCCUAUACCAAUGGGAAAUUGCCCUAUGGAGUAGCUGGUGCAGGGGGCAAGGCCGGCUACCCAACAGGGACAGGGGUCGGAUCCCAGGCGGCAGCGGCAGCAGCUAAAGCAGCGAAGUAUGCAGGUGCUGGAGGAGCUGGAGUCCUCCCUGGCGUUGGAGCGGGUGGCAUUCCUGGUGGUGCUGGCGCAAUUCCUGGGAUUGGAGGCAUUGCAGGCGCUGGAACUCCUGCAGCAGCUGCUGCUGCAAAGGCUGCUGCUAAGGCCGCUAAGUAUGGAGCUGCUGGAGGUUUAGUGCCUGGUGGACCAGGAGUUAGGCUCCCAGGUGCUGGAAUCCCAGGUGUUGGUGGCAUCCCAGGUGUUGGUGGCAUUCCAGGUGUUGGUGGCAUCCCAGGUGUUGGGGGCCCUGGUAUUGGAGGUCCAGGCAUUGUGGGUGGACCAGGAGCUGUGUCACCAGCUGCAGCUGCUAAAGCUGCUGCCAAAGCUGCCAAAUACGGAGCCAGAGGUGGAGUUGGCAUCCCGACAUAUGGGGUUGGUGCUGGUGGCUUUCCUGGCUAUGGUGUUGGAGCUGGAGCUGGACUUGGAGCAGGUGCAAGCCCAGCUGCUGCUGCCGCUGCUGCCAAAGCUGCCAAAUAUGGUGCUGGAGGAGCUGGAACCCUGGGUGGCCUGGUGCCAGGUGCAGUACCAGGUGCCCUGCCAGGUGCAGUACCAGGUGCCCUGCCAGGUGCGGUACCAGCUGUGCCGGGCACUGGUGGAGUGCCAGGAGCAGGGACCCCUGCAGCUGCAGCUGCCGCCGCUGCCGCCAAGGCAGCCGCCAAAGCAGGUUUGGGCACUGGUGUUGGUGUGGUUCCCGGUGGAGUUGGUGUUGGUGGGGUUCCCGGUGGAGUCGGCCCUGGUGGUGUUACUGGUAUCGGAGCUGGUCCUGGCGGUCUUGGAGGAGCAGGGUCGCCGGCUGCCGCCAAAUCUGCUGCUAAGGCAGCUGCCAAAGCCCAGUACAGAGCUGCCGCUGGGCUUGGAGCUGGUGUCCCUGGAUUUGGGGCCGGUGCUGGUGUCCCCGGAUUUGGGGCCGGUGCUGGUGUCCCUGGAUUUGGGGCCGGUGCUGGUGUCCCUGGAUUUGGGGCUGGAGCAGUACCUGGAUCCCUGGCUGCCUCCAAAGCUGCUAAAUAUGGAGCAGCAGGUGGCCUUGGUGGGCCUGGAGGUCUCGGUGGGCCUGGAGGUCUCGGUGGACCUGGAGGUCUCGGUGGGGCUGGUGUUCCUGGUGGAGUAGCAGGAGCUGCACCCCCCGCUGCUGCUGCCGCUGCUGCCAAAGCUGCUGCUAAGGCUGCCCAGUAUGGCCUUGGUGGAGCCGGAGGAUUAGGGGCCGGUGGACUGGGAGCCGGUGGACUGGGAGCUGGUGGACUGGGAGCCGGUGGACUGGGAGCCGGUGGACUGGGAGCCGGUGGACUGGGAGCUGCAGGCCUUGGAGGUGUGUCCCCUGCAGCAGCUGCGAAGGCAGCCAAAUAUGGUGCUGCUGGCCUUGGAGGUGUCCUAGGAGCCAGGCCAUUCCCAGGUGGAGGAGUUGCAGCAAGACCUGGCUUUGGACUCUCUCCGAUUUACCCAGGUGGCGGUGCUGGGGGCCUGGGAGUCGGUGGAAAACCCCCGAAGCCCUAUGGAGGAGCCCUUGGAGCCCUGGGAUACCAAGGCGGGGGCUGCUUUGGGAAAUCCUGUGGCCGGAAGAGAAAGUGAUCUUCUGAGGGCCCCUGACUCGCGACCUCAUCAACGUUGGUGCUACUGCUUGGUGGAGAAUGUAAACCUUCUAUGACCACCCCCUACUCCAUCCCCCUGACCCCCCACCUGGGAGGGGACAACAGGCCAGUGGCCUUGGAAACCCACAGGACAAGGAGAUCAGACAGCAGCAGCCAUGCAGUCCUAACCAGAAACUUGCCCCCUACAUCAGAGGCCAGGGCGGGUGUCCCAUCUCUUCCCACCCAGGAGCUCCACCCCCACAGUCUCCAUCUCCAAGGGAAAUUGGUGCUACAUGUUGGUGCUUCUUCUUCGUGGGGGGAGGGAGGGGGGAAGGGUAUCCCAGGGGGGAUUGCCCCCUUCCCUGAAGCCCCUCUAUUAAGAUGGUGCACACCUUUGUUGGGCAGUCCCACCUCCCCCUGCCCACCAGGAGCCAUUCCUGGCUGCAUCCCAUUGGUACCCAGAUACCGGAAGCCUUGACGAUGGAUUUGGUGACAUGAUCCCUCUCUCUUUGGGUCCCCUUGUCCCUGUCUCCCGUUACCAAUAGCUACUUCCCGAGUCUGGGACACCCUGGAGUCAGAUGGCUCUUCACACUGGGAAUAGCUCCCUUGUUCUUAUGGAAUCCACCUGCCAACCACCCAUCCACCUACUCAUCCGUCCAUUUGUCCAUCCGUCCAUCCAUCUAUCUGUCUGUCCAUCCUGACUGCCUAGUGCCACUAAGCUGGCUGGGCAUACCCACUAUCAACCUGGUUCACCUGUCAUGGCAGCCUGUCCCCGUCCCCACCACACACCCCGAUGCUGGCCUAGGGUGCAGAGGGUUGUGUGGGCUGGUUGUCCCCACAUGCAGUACUGUAACCCCGUCCUUCCUGGAGCCACUCUUACAGAGCAUGUCUCGCCACCCCACCUCUUUGUGUCUCGCUGUGAUAGAUCAAUAAAAUAUUUUAUUUUUUGUCCUGGA